AUGAGGCGAGAGGAAAAACACGCGGCUGUCUUUUCUCGAGCUACUUUCGGAAAACAGCUUAUGAGCCAUACGCGACUCGCUCCGAGAACGACCCGGAGUUUCACCGGGCGGGAGAAGGGUCGGGGGAGCGCGGCCCCGCCGCCCGCCGGGCAGGAAGCGCCCGCCCGCCCCGUCCCGUCCCGCGGAGUCACGAGUCCACGAGUGUCGGGCACUUACCGCUGCUCACCCGGUACGCCCCGCUCCGGCCGCCGCCUGCCCCGCUCGCCGCACGGCCGCGGUCAUACACCCCGCGCCGGGGGACGGGCUCCGGGACACCGCCCGGCGGGGCGGGGCCGCCGCCAUCUUGGGCGGGAGGGAGCGGCGCCUCAGCCGCGGGCUGCGCCGAGAGCCGCCCUCAGCGGGGCCGGGCCGACGGCCAUCCCGGCCCGCGAGUGGCACCUCGUGGGAGAGGGAUGCUCCGGGCACGGGACCUGCCUCGUGGGCUGUUUUAAAGAGACAGAGUGUUUCCAUUCUUUGCGGACGAUCGCGAGUUUGUGCUCCCGCCUGUGGCUCUUAAGUGUGCUCGCCCAGAGGCCUACCAGAUGCAACCUUCAAUUAUUUUCCUGGAUGAGAUUGAUGCUCUUGCUCCCAUAUGUGCCAGUGAACAAGGCCAGGUUCAUAGCUCUGUUGUAGGAACACUUCUGGCACUAAUGGAUGGCUUCACUGGCAGGAAGGUUGUGGUAAUCAGAGCCAUCAGCAGACUGGAACCUGUACAUCCUGCUUUACAAAGACCUGGACACUUUGUGCGAGAAUUCCACUUCAACUUGCCAAACAAAGAGGUCAGAACUUCAACUCAGCCUUAGUGCUUAUGAGGCAAAGUCCAUCUUUAUAACAAAUCCCUGUAGUAAGCCAGCAUUGCAGAGCAGUGCAAGUCUCCAUCAGCAAUGUCCAGCUUGGACACCAGAGAGCUGUCUGGAGACUGCAUUUACUGUGGAGGCCAGACCUGGUACUGGAUAUGUCUGAAGAUGACCUCAACAGGUAGUUAAUUCUCUGAUAAUUUUUGGUUUCACUUUGACCAGUGUGGAAAUGGGAUGCUGCCAGACACCAAAAUGUUUAAAAAAGAAUGUGUUCCUGAAUUCAUUAUAAUUAAUUAUGGCUAUAGCAUCUUGAAGGCAAAAAAAAUGGUGUGCACACAAGGAUUUCUUUUUUGGUAACAAAAGCUUUGAUCAAGGCUGGUGCUAGAGCAAAUUAAGUGUGUUGGGAUCUAAUGUUCUUACUUGUACUUAUUAACUUGGACUUGGACUAAGGUGUAAAGCACACUGCACAGGUGCAAGGCUUGGGAACAUUCUAGCUCAUUUGCAACAGCUAAGCAAAAAAUAGGUAUGUAGCAAGCAAAAAGUUUUGGAAUGGGAAUGGUGUGUGGGGGACAGUGUGCAAAACUGGAAACCUGGUUUUGUGUUUUUUCUCUGGCUAUCACUAAUACUUUUUACCACUUUUUGAAAAAAAAUAUAAAAGGCUUCUUGGAUUGAAGGCUAGUAGAAAUGCACUAAACAGCACAUUUAACACAAACAUUUGUCCCCAGUUUUUAUUUGCUUCCAGGAACAAAAGAUGAGGUGCCAUGAAACAGAUCUAAUACAUGAUUCCCUACUGUGGAAGACUUCUAAAAAUCUGCCAUAAUUAAUCAGGAAAUACUUCAAAGAAAGUCUUGCAAAGAUCAGAGAUAAGUGACAUUUGACAUUUUCUGGAUAAGUGACAGUAAUUUGAGUUAUACAUGCUCUUCUUGGUAGUAACUAGCAAUUUGAAAGGGAGUGCAAGGACUGUUUUCUAGCUAGAACUGGCAGAAAAACAAAUUUAUUGAACUGAGACUGUCACCAUUUUUUUUUUCAUUUUGCUAAAUUGCAGAGAAUUUGAUGAAAAAAUCUAAGUUUUCAGAUAAGGUUUUUACAAAUUUUUCCUCAUGAUCAUUAGAUCUAACGCUUAAGAAAACUCACUUUUGAUGGAAGAUGCACAUGCCUUUUAUUUCACUGCAACUCAUAGCAAGUGUUUAAUCUAACAAGUUGAGAAUUAUUAACUUUCCUACUUGAAGACACAAAGAGUGUAUCAAUAACAGACCUUUAAAGAUAAGGAAAGUAUUUGUGUUGGGGUGAGGGCUUUGGCGGGAGGCAAUUGUGUUUUUAUAAGAGAAAACUUAAGGCAAAC